AAUUAUUAAAAAUUAUAUAAUAUAAAUGUAUACCAUUUAUAUCUUGAAACAAUUGAUUAUGUUAGGAUUCAUAAUCAGUUUUGAUUGAAACAAGUGCAACAUUUAAUAAUUUAUUAAGAAUUUAAGAUGAAGACGAUAUACUUAUAUCUUUUUAUUAUUUGCAUUUUAAUUUUUGAGGUUAAAACUUCGGUGCAUAUUCCAAAUGUUCAAAUGAUUGAAAAGUUUAUGACAUUGAAUAAUAGUGUUUUAAAUAAUGAAUCAUAUAAUCCAUACGUCGAUCUUAGUACACCAGAAAUUAUACGAAUGGAAGGAUAUCCUUCCGAAGGACAUACAAUAUCUACUGAAGAUGGUUAUCUUUUGACGCUUCAUCGAAUACCAGGAAAAUUGAAAUCACAUCCUAUAUUAUUGCAACAUGGUUUAUUAUCAAGUUCUGCUGAUUGGGUAUUAACUGGUCCAAGAAAAAGUCUUGCUUUUAUAUUAGCCGAUUAUGGAUAUGAUGUAUGGCUUGGUAAUUUUCGUGGUAACACUUAUUCAAGAGCACAUAAAAGUUUGUCACCGAAUGAUGCCAAAUUUUGGGAUUUUAGUUGGCACGAAAUGGGUAUAUACGAUUUACCAGCGAUGAUAUCGUAUAUUACAAAUCUGAAACAAAGUAAUUUAACUUAUAUUGGUCAUUCUAUGGGAACAACAUCAUUUUAUGUAAUGUCCAGAUUGAGAUCUGAUAUUGCUAGCAAAGUUCAAAUGAUGUUCAGUCUUGCUCCAGUUGCUUACAUGAAACAUAUAAAAAGUCCUCUACGUUUGUUAGCUCCUUUCGCACGUGAUUUAAAAUCGGUAAUACAUUUUUUAGGGGAAGAUGAAUUUCUUCCUCAUGAUAAGUUAACAAAGUAUUUUGCCAAAUAUGGUUGUGAUAUUGAUAACUUGGAACAUAAAAUGUGCAGCAAUAUAUUAUUUGCCAUUUUUGGAUUUGAUAAAUCUCAAUUCAACUAUUCAUUAAUACCGGUAAUUUUUGGACAUGUACCAGCUGGUGCUUCGGUUAAAACAAUAGUGCAUUUCGCACAAGAAAUUCAAUCUGGAAAGUUUCAGCAAUUUGAUUAUGGGCCGGAACAAAAUUUAAAAAUUUAUAAUAGCACGGAGCCACCCAAUUAUGAUACAUCUAAAAUUUCGGUACCAAUAAUAUUGUUUUAUGCUAACAACGAUUGGUGUGCAAGUGUUAAAGAUGUUCUGCGAUUGUACAGUGAAUUAAAUAAUGUCAUCGAUAUAUACAAGAUACCAUAUACACAAUUUAAUCAUAUGGAUUUUUUGUGGGCUAUAGAAGCCCCGAACUUUGUUUAUAGUAAAAUACUACGUGCAAUGAAAGAUAUUAUCAAGAUGAGGCUUAUUUUCGUAUAUUUUUGUACAAUUUAUAUUCUUGUUAAUUUUGUCGAAUGUUUGGAGGAUAUUUCUAUAAACAAUGAAGUAUUAGACAUGUUUGAAUUAAGUAAUUAUAUUGAUUUUAACGGAAAACAUAAUCCAGAUGUCGAUCUUAAUACGGAACAAUUGAUAACAAAGUACGGUUAUCCUUCUGAAACACAUAUUGUUGUAACAGAAGAUUAUUAUCUUUUGACACUUCAUAGAAUUCGAGGGAAACCAAAUUCACACCCUGUAUUAGUUCAACAUGGUUUAUUAGCAAGUUCUGCAGAUUGGGUGAUUCCCGGUCCGAAAAAAGGUCUUGCUUAUUUAUUAGCCGACGAUGGAUAUGACGUAUGGCUUGGUAAUUUCCGUGGUAACACUUAUUCAAGAGCACAUCAAAAUUUGUCACCGAAUGAUGCCAAAUUUUGGGAUUUUAGUUGGCACGAAAUGGGUAUAUACGAUUUACCAGCAAUGAUAACUUAUAUUACAAAUCUGAAACAAAGUAAUUUAACUUAUAUUGGUCAUUCUAUGGGAUCAACGGCAUUUUAUGUAAUGUCAACCAUGAGAUCUGAUCUUACUAGUAGGAUUAAAAUGAUGUUUAGUCUUGGACCAGCUAUUUAUUUGAGUCAAAUGAAAAGUCCUGCACGAUAUUUUGCACCUUUUUCUAAUAAUUUACAGUUUCUCACACGUUUAUUUGGACAAAAUGAGUUUCUUCCACAAAGUUCUGUAAUAAAAUUUCUCGUUAAAUAUGGCUGCGAUUUGAGUUCAUUGGGAACUGCAGUAUGCAGUAACAUAGUAUUUUUAUUAGCUGGAUUUGAUAAAGCUCAAAUGAACACAACGUUAUUACCUGUAAUUUUGUCUCAUGCACCAGCUGGAGCUUCAACUAAAACAUUGAUACACUUUUUGCAAGAAGUUAAAUCUGCUAAAUUUCGACAAUUUGAUUACGGCACGAAAAAGAAUCGACAAAUGUAUAAUAGUAUUAUACCACCUGAAUAUAAUAUUUCUACAAUUACAGUACCUAUAGCAUUAUAUUAUGGCUCAAAUGAUUGGUUUAUUAAUGUUAAGGAUCUUUUUAAAGUAUCAAAGGAAUUAAAAAACGUCAUUGAUGUGUACAAAGUACCAUUUGAAAAGUUUAAUCAUGUGGACUUCAUGUGGGCUGUUGAUGCACCGAAAUUAGUUUAUAGUAGAAUACUACGUACAAUGAAAGGAGAUUAAAACAAAUUGAUAAUUAAAAACAAAUCAUUCUCGAGUUAACUAUUAACUAAUGGAAAUAUUAUUCUACUGUUAUAAAAAGUA